AUGAGCUCAUUGAUUACUCUCAGUCAGUCGACUAGACUGAAUGUUCCCAAGCUGCUGUUACCUCUCAGCACUCAUGUGCCUGUGAACAUCACACUGACAGCACAGAGAGGAUGCUACAAAUGGGUGUCCUCUCAAACUGACAGGGUCAGGGUGUAUCCUCUCUCUGCAGUCAGCCCUCCAGUUCCACUGCCCCUCUCCUCCUGUAGUCAGCAGUGUUUGGUGUCAGCUCUGUCCUCCCCCCAGGGUGGCCCUAUUCAUAGUGUGGUCCAGGCACAAGAUCCUGUGACAGGUCACAUUCUGCGCUGUGAUGUCAUCAUUGAUCGGAUUGAAAGAAUUCAGAUUGUCACAACCACUAGACAGCUUUAUACUUAUGACCCACCCCUGCAAUUAUUUGUCCAGGCAUUUGACACUAAAGGAAAUACCUUUAGCUGUCUAGCAGGCUUGAAGUUUAAUUGGUGGCUGGCAAAGGAGUCUGAUGCAAUACAGACAAUAAAAGAGCAUCAGCUGAUGAUGGGUGAUGUGGUCUUGCUCACAUUCAGUGUUCCAAUUCAUCCUAAAGGUGUCCUGUGGGGAUCAGAUAUGAGCUUUGUGCAGGCCAGUCAAGUUCUUCUUCACCAGACACAGUUUGUGCGUUACCAGGAAUCUGGGUACAUUCCUCAACCUCAUAUCCUGGCUCUAGAGGAUGCUGAGGUCACUCUGUCUGAAGAUGGAUACAGUCUGGUUGUGGAUGGAUACAAAAGAAGAAUGUAUAAUGACAUCAUCUGGGUUGACCAGGACACAGCUACUAUAACCGCUCUCAAGCUGGGUCAUGCAGCACUGAGCGUUGCGCACAAUCCUGAUGACUCAGAUCUGCCCCCUGAAAUAAUCUCCCACCUCCCUCACACUAUUGUACAUGUGGUGGAGCCCAGUUACAUGACAUUGAGUAUUAAAGGGGAAGAGGACAUAUGGGUGUUAGAGACAGGACGGCAGUAUUAUUUGACUGUCCGUAUCCAUGACAACGAGGGCCAUGUGGUUCACAUUUCACAGAAUGCAGUGAUUGUUGUCGAGGAGACUGAGGGGUUCAUGACUGUGGAUUCUUCUGAUCCCUCCUGCCACCUCCUACAGACCCUUAAGACAGGAAAGACCCUAAUACAGGUCUCACUUUAUAGCAUCAUCUCAGAGGUGGUGGGUGGUAGUGGCUCUGUGACGUGGGAUGUGUCUGAUAGUGAAAUUGCCACAGUAACAGUAAAAGGGGAGGUACUAGCAGGAAAAAGGAGAGGCGAGACUGAAAUUCAUGCUUCAGAUUCCAAAAACCAGCUACAUAAAGCAGUCGCAAAGUUGAUGGUUGUGAUGCCUGGCCGGUUGAAGCUCAUGCUCCAGAGGGCUGACUGCCUUGUGGGGGACAGGAUAGACCUUCCCAUGGCUCUGUGGGGCAUCCAGGACCCCUCAGACUCUUACUCUCAGACCCACAAUGACUUUGAUACAUGUUCGUACACUCACAGGAGCACUGGUGCAAUACAAAAACCUCAAUGUGGAGACUCUCUGCUGGAGGAGAGUAAUCUUGUGCCAAUCACAGACUGCUCUCUGCUUUUUCUGCGCAUCCACACUGAACCCACUGGUGUCUUCACACACGUGCCAGGUGCUGGAUUCUGUGGAGGGGUCCGUUUCAAGGCUCUUUCAUCUGGUCAUGCUGUUGUUACUAUCUCAGUGGAAACAGAGGCAUGCAGCAUCAGUGAGACGACAAGACUAGUGGCCUACAGCCCUCUUAAAUCGCUUGUGUCUGAUGUUCUGCUUUCAGUGGGCUCAUCUCAUAUGGUUGCAUUUGAGGGGGGUCCUCAGCCCUGGCCCCUGGCCCCAUACCGUUUCUAUAGUUAUGUCGAGGCCCAGCCAGCGGGUGGUGUUAUUGUGGAGGCACUGAGUCCUACCAAAGCAUGGCCACCUCGACAUGUGUAUCAGGUCAUGUGCACUGCUGUGGGAGAACAGUGGUUGGUCUUUAGGUGUGGAAAUACUCCAGGCUUGUUAAACGAGAUGCCUGCUGUCGAGGAGAGCAGAGUUCAGGUGGCAUGUGGCGUACCUGCUAGUCUCUCUCUUUCUCUUCUCUCCUCCUCUCCUUCAUCCGUCCCUCUGUUCUCCCACCACUCCUCUUGUACUCAGCCUCAGUACCCCUGUGGACCGUUGUCUGUGUCCAGCAGUAGGGAUGCUACGUUGCAGUUGUCCGUGUUCGACCAGAAGGGGGUGCAGUUUGAUAAUUUCACCUCCUGCUCAGUGAGGUGGACAUCCUCUGACCCUGCCCUCCUCUCAGUGUCCCUCCAAUCCACAAUGAAUGUGGCUGACAAACCAAAACAGACAGGCUACAAACUACAUGCAUGGCAGGUGUUUCAAGCCCAUGGACAGACAGGAACCGUGACUGUCAAUGUCACUCUCAUAUGUCCAGAGACAACUCCAGUGUCUCAGUGUGUGAAUUUGCAGUUGGUUGACAAUGUGCAGUGGGACAGACACUCUGCCACUCUGUUCAACCAUCCAAAAGUCACAGAAAAUCUGUCUUUGAUCCAUGGCUCAGGUCACUUUCAGGUCUAUCUACAUAACAAGGAGUUGGCCAACAUCACCCAUAUGGAGAACACCAAUAUAGUACAGGUGUCCCCACUUCAGCCUGGUUCUUCCACUCUCUUUGCUCGUGACCUCUGUCUGACCUCUGAGUCUGCUGAAGCACCCUUACUAAUUUCUGACAUCACAGAUUUCCAGAUUGACUUCUUGAAUAUUGUUGAGGUCAGUCACACUGCUUCAGUGCGAGUGCGCAUUCUGGACUCAAACAAUCAGCCAUUUCCCCAUCACUUCCUGUGGCUAAUGAAUCUCACGCUUAUCCCUUCUUCGUCCAUCGUUUCUGUUGAGGAGGCAGGGCUAGAGGACAGGUACUCUUUGGGCUUCCGUGUGACAGGUCUUGAAGUCGGCAUGGUCAAUCUUCACGUCUCAGCGGUGGAUGGUCAUGGACGUGUUAUAAGCUCCUCCCACAAGAAUCUGCAAGUUUACCCACCAUUAAAUUUGCAGCCCCGUAAACUCACUCUGGCAGUUGGAAGUGUGCGACAAGUGAAAUGGGAGGGAGGGCCUCACCCUCAGUCCCGUGUUGGUUUUUCUGUGAGUGACAAUUCUAUCGCUGUGGUGUCAGAGACCGGAUUGGUCAGAGGUGUGUCAGUGGGUGUGAUCAAACUCAGAGGAGCUCUGCAAACUGUAACACAAGAUACAGGAGCACUGCUUACUUUUGCACAGGAUGAAGUAGUGGUGGAGGUGUUUGACCUGACAGCAGUGCGGAUACAGGCUCCUUUAGACACUCUGUCUCUAGGAACAGAGAUGCCUGUUUAUGUGAUGGGCAGUGACAGCAGUCAGAAUCCUCUGGCUCUGGGCAGUGUUGAGUCUGGCCUCAGUUUCCACUGGAGUCUGAGUAAAAUGGGUGUACUGGAGAUAAAACCAAGGCACACAGAGGUGGGUGUUAGUGUGUCUCCCUUUCAUCGUUUCUCUGUGCUGGUAAAGGCUGAGGCUCCAGGUAAGACCAGCCUGAAAGUGUUUGUGCAGAUUGAACAGAUACGCAGCAGCAACACAACACUCUCUCAUCAUCUCACUGAUGAGAUACAGAUACUGGUGUUUGAAGAGAUGCAGUUAGCCACAGGGAGUCCCGGAUUCAUCCUCAUGUCCCCUCACUCUCAGUACUCCCUACAGAGCAAUAAAGACUCAAUCUGUCCAGUCCGUUAUGCCCUUAGCAAGUGUGUGUCAGGGGCAGGCCUUGUUACUGUUGAUGAUCAGGGAGUACUGAAGACAGGGCCUUAUGUAGGAGUUGCCCUUUUGGAGGUUUUUGCCAUGGACAUUUGUGGUAUCAACCAAACACUACUAAUCAGUGUGAAGGUGUCAGCAGUGUGGUUUGUGCAUGUUUUGGCUGUGACAUCCCUGAAGGGUGAUGGUGAGACAGCUCUGGGUGCCUUCCCUCUGGGCUGGAGUUUUCGUAUCAUGGCUUUAUACUAUGACAUCUUGGGACAACAGUUCCACUCUCAUAAUAUACAAACUCAGGUUACCACUAACAGAGAUGACCUGGUGCAAGUGAUAGCUGACAAAGACAGUCACUUACUUCUGGUGGAGACUGUGUCCCCUGGUCUGACUGUUUUGAGGGUACAGGGGGACCCUAUAAACCCAUCUCUGAGUGAUUACACCCCUCUGCUAGUGCUGCCUGCCAUCUCAGAGCCCCAUGGAUCACUGCGGCCUGGAGAUGUCAUCUGCUUUAGCACUCUGAUUACAGACCAGCAUGGGCAGCAAGGCAGAUGGGAUGUAUCAUCAAGUCAGAUCCUUCAGAUGAAUUCAGAGACUGGAGUGGCAUUUGCAAAGAAUUCAGGGACAGUAGUGGUAUACUAUAGGAUGGAAUGGGGGCAGCAAACCUUUCGAGAGGUCAUGGUGGAGUCUGCAUCCUCUCCUGUAGUCAUUCUUCCUGCUGAAAGGCUCCUCACUAACUGGCCUAAAGCUUCAGAAUACACAAUUAAAGUAGAUCUCAACAACUCUGCUGCAAACACUGCUCUAUGUACUCUGGACCAGUGGGAGACAAUAGAGAAAAAGCUACAGCCUGAGAAAGAGCUGCAGUGCUCCAUAAACUUCAGCGCCCCCUACCAACAGCUCAAAAUACUGCAGGCUAUGUUUAAUGCAUUACCCUUCUACGAUAUAGACACUGCUCAGUACAGUUGCAGGAUCUCUGUGCUACCCCAGUCAGACUCCAUCCUCCAUCACAUGUCCACUCUUCCACUCUCUGUCUAUCUGUCUGUCUCUCUGAAGACUCAGUCUGUCCUAGCCGCUCUUCUUCCUCUCCCUUUCUCACCUCUCUCUUUACAAUCUUCUGUUCUGCUCCCGUAUGUGCCAGCAUUUCAUUGUCCUGUCACCCAGAUCAGCCUUUCCUCCCAACAGCCUGUGGCUGACAUCCCUGUGUUUGGCACCAGAGACAUGCUCAGUACACUAAGGGUCAACUUGGAGCUCAUUCAAAUUCUGGACAUUUGUUUAUGCUGACAUUUGCUGCAUUUGCUGUACUGGCCACCACUGCCAUACUUUUCA